GCCUCCACUUUACCAGAGUGUUUAGAAAAAAGAAGUAAGGCCGAAGUUAAAUCGAAUGAUUUGAUCGAAGACAUCCGCAACAGUUUCUGCCAGUUUGGUGUAAAAUCUGUGUGACCUACCUCGAAUGUGGUUUGAUAAGAAGAACCAAGUGAAAAACAUGAUUUCGUUCAUGCACUAAAUGUAGCAGUAUAGCCUGCUAACGUUAAAUAAAACGUGAAGACACGUGGGAGCCUGUGCUGUGUGGUUGACCACUGGAAUGUCUUGUUGACUGAAAUCUUGUCUCAUUGAAUAUCAGACCAUGGCCCAGGGCAGUGGAGUCCAGUACGAGCCAGUGGCAGAGAUUGGAGGGGGUGCGUACGGAACGGUGUACAAGGCUCGGGACCUGGAGAGUGGCCAGUUUGUUGCCCUGAAGAGUGUUCGCGUCCAGACGGACCAAGAUGGCCUCCCUAUAUCCACGGUCCGAGAAGUGGCCCUGCUGAAGAGACUGGAGCAGUUUGAUCAUCCCAACGUGGUCAAGCUCAUGGACGUGUGUGCCACCCUGAGGACAGAUCAGGAGACUAAAGUCACCCUGGUAUUUGAACACGUGGACCAGGACCUGAAGACCUACCUAGAGAAGGCCCCCGCCCCAGGACUGCCCCCCAGCCACAUCAGAGACCUGAUGCGUCAAUUGCUGUGUGGCCUGUCAUUCCUACACUCGAACCGUGUGGUGCACCGGGACCUGAAGCCAGAGAACAUCCUGGUCACCAGCCGUGGUCAGGUUAAGCUGGCCGACUUUGGACUGGCCAGGAUCUACAGUUGCCACAUGGCCCUUACCCCUGUGGUGGUGACUCUGUGGUACAGGCCUCCUGAGGUCCUGCUCCAGUCCACCUACGCCACGCCGGUGGACAUCUGGAGCACGGGCUGCAUCUUUGCUGAGAUGUUCCGACGCAAACCGUUGUUCUCUGGAGACUCUGAAAUGGACCAACUGGGAAAGAUAUUCAAUGUGAUUGGCCUGCCACCCAUGGAGGAGUGGCCUGCUGAUGUCACCCUCUCACGACACAACUUCAGUCCUAUCAGCCCCCGCCCAAUCACAGACUACGUUCCUGAGAUCAAUGAGCAGGGGGCAGAGCUGCUUUUGAAAAUGCUAACCUUUGACCCUCUAAGAAGAAUCUCUGCCCUAAACGCUCAAGAACAUCCUUACUUCCAGGAGGAUGAGGAGGAAGUGACAAAUGGUUGAAAUGCAGUGAAUGACGUCGAAGGAUGGGACCGUGAGGAAUGGUAACCCUGACUCCAUUUUGGUGUAUAUUGUCAUUCAGUGCAUUUCAGGCCAGAUCCCUGUUGUGGUUCCUUUAAAAAAAAUGUUACUACAGAAGCCAGUUGCACCCCUUGAGAAUGUAUAGGAGUAGAGAAGUGGAGUUCAAGGACCAAUACGGAUAUGAACCUGAAGAAGGAUUGACUCCCCUCGCAUUCCUCAAAUGAAUUCCCCAGCCUGGUCUCAUAGACUAGACGUAACAUAAUAAACUUUAAAAAUGAGACACUCAAAUUAGUAUGAUAUAUUACGUUUGGUAUGGUUACAUAAGACCGGUGGUUAUUUAAAAUCUCGUCAUUGACAACUUUUGAGCUGAUUAGCAACUUUUCAACUCCUUUGCAUGUUAGCUAACCUUUCCACCUACCAUUCUCCAACUCCUAAACUUAACCCUAACCCCUAGCCGAGCUAACAUUAGCCACCUAGAUAGAAUUCCUAACAUAUCAUACAUUUAGCCAAUUCCUAACAUUUCAUUUGAAGUCCAGAAAUGAAUUCAUACCAUACGAAACGUGACUCAUAUUAAAUGGAGUGUCUCAGUUUUACGUACAGAAUAAUACGAAAUGCUCUGAGACCAGGUUGUGCGCACACACACACAACAUGGAAUAACUGUCCUCCUGUGUGGUUAUUUUAAUAUUAUAGUUUAAAGAUCCAAUGCAUACAUUUUUAUUACAAUAUCAAAUAUUUUCUGUUUAACAAUUGAAGUACCUUGCUGUGAUAUUUUUCUACCAAAAUAGCUUCUUAGCAAAGAGCAAUUUUUUUAAGCGAGAAUUUUGCUAGGACUGUCAUUAGUGUGAGUGGGGAUGGGAAAACUGAAAAGUAGCUGUUAUUGGCAGAGAGAUUUGGAACAUUUUCUUAUUGGUCUAUUAACUAAUUUACCACCUGGUGAUGUCACCAAGUAGGCCAAAAUUCCAUUCCACCAAAAAAGGCUGACAUUUCAGGCUCUUACUUUCACAGCUCUUUCACUAAAAGGGCAUUAUUAUUUUCACACUUUCACAGUAUUAUUCCAACCUCUGUGUGGAAAUAUAUAUAUAUAUAUAUAUACACACACACACACACACA